ACUAAACGUCAAAACUGACACGGGUGACGCAGAAGAAAAUUUUCCUUUUGUUUUUUGAGUGCAAAAAUUCUUGGAAAAUAAUGGAUUUUGGUGAUAAUUUCGAUCAGCAGGACGUUGAUCCGGCAGCAGAGUUCCUUGCCCGUGAACAGAACGCCCUGGCGGGGCUCGAGGAUGACCUCAAUCCACCACCAGCUCAGCCAAAGACAGAACCUGACAAUGGCACACUGGAGUCAUCCGAGAGCUUUGAAAUGAUCAAUAACAUUGAGUCUCACGAGCAGACUAACGUCAAUGAAGAUGAGUCAAACGAUUUCGAAAUAAGCUAUCGCUCAGCUAAACCACCGAUGGAGGAGCCGGAGAAGAUCAAGAAGUGGCGUGAGGAUCAAAAGAAGCGCCUCGAGGAGAAGGAUCGUGAGGAGGAGAAGAAGAAGGAAGAGCUGAAGCAGCAGGCUAAGAAGGAACUUGAGGAUUGGUAUAAGCAACACGAGGAAUCCAUCACGAAGACAAAGUCCUCGAAUAGGGAGUCAGCCAAGAAUGCCGAGAAGAACUUUGUGGCUGAAUCGACGGAAAUUGAGCCAGGGACGGAAUGGGAGAGAAUUGCCAAGUUGUGCGAUUUUAAUCCAAAAGCCAGCAAGACAAGUCGCGAUGUCUCCCGGAUGCGUUCAAUCAUUCUUCAGCUGAAGCAAAAUCCUGUCACCAUUAAACGUGAAUAAAUAAAAAUAAUUUGCAUUCCUCUCUGCUGGGACAGGAAGAAGGAGGAGCCCCUUUCCGGCAAUCAUUCUUGAUGAGCGUUAUUGAAUAAAUUGAAUAUUUUGGAUUUAGAAGAGAAUUCCAAGAUGAAA